AUGAAGAUUUACUUCCAGACGGUCGAUGUCGUGCAUUCAGAAGACUGGAGGAUGAACCCUUCAGGGCGAGGUACUCGCCGUCUGCAAAGUGAAGCUCGUUCAAGGUCGAAAUCAGACUGUGGCGGUUCUUCACCAACGUCAUCAAAUGGCCGUGCAGUAACAGACAGCCAAGCCUGGGACCGCGAGGUGCUUGUCCAGGUAUCUUCACUACAACAGACAAACUUCCACGCGGUGAAGCUACUACCGCGGCACCGCGACCCAUCAGAGUGGCACAUCUCGGUGAGAUCUAGCGGCAAAGACGGUGAGGAUGAGGAGACCAUCAUCGUGGACGACUCGAUGCAGAACAAGUUCAACAUCAGGUGCAACGCGCUGGUCUACGAUCACGAGCACGAGGACUUGAUCUCCAUGUUGAACAUGUCACCGACGACGGUCGCCUCAUCAGCCGGACCAGUCCUCUCAACCCUCGUGCCCCCAGGCUCCCAACAAGGAACCUACAUCGUAACCCUCACCCCAGAAGGCGAAGAACUCCACACCCGAGUCUCCUGUAUCCCCGACAUCCACGCCGUAGAAGAUACACUCUCCCCAUUCUCCCAAGCAACACCACCACUUACACCACACCUCCCCCGCCGCGACGCAACAUCCUGGCCCUCCGACACGAAACCCCUCUGCUCCGAUAGCCCCUGGAUCACCACCGCCGCCUUCAACUCCAACCCCAACGGCGCCCGCAACGCCUUUGCAGCGCAGUGCGCCGCCCUCAACGGCAAACGCCUCGGCUACCGCGAGAAAAUCUAUAGCCACUGGGGCGAUGCGGUGGCGUACAUGUGUUCGCAUGCCGGAAGCGGGGACGUGGGCAACGGGCGGGACGGCGGGAACCCGUGUGUUGUGCAGGAGUGGGUUGAUGCCGUCGAGUGGGCUGCCAGGGCUUGCGGGGGCAGGAAUGGGGAUGGGUAUAUGGAGUGUGCCUACCUCACAAUUCCUGGAUGGAAAAAGGCGUACGGAUACACGCACAUCAAUACUUCCUUCUGUUGA